AUGGAUUAUGUUUCAGGGACAGCUGAAAGCCAUAUGAUUUGGCAAGUUCUUUUGAGAGAAGCAUUCCGCAAAAAUAACAUUACUCUUUCUGACUUUAUUGGAAGAAGCGGAAAUUCAAGAGAACGCGAGGCGGGAAAGGAAAACAAACUUAAAAUUAAAAAGGCAGUUUCAUCACUAUACUGCUACUCAGAGAAAUUCCAAACCCUCGCUGGAGAAAUGAGAGGCCCAAAACACCGUCGCCCAACAAACUCUUUCAACCCACUGCCGACGCCCGACCACCACCACCACCAAUACGCCGCUAACACCUCCCGCGACUCCGAUGCCAGUUUCGCCAGCAGCCGCCCAUCCUCCAUCGGCGUUGGCCGCACCGCCGACCCAUACUCCGACAAGGCCCACCAGGCCUCCGCAAUUCGCGCAAUCAACGCUUACCUCUCGUCGCACUCCUCCAAACUCCUGCCGCUUAACUGCAUCCCCACCGGCAAAGAUAUCACCGAAACCCUAACAUACCUCCUCCACCAACUCGAUUACGAAUCCACGAAGCUCCAUGAUGAUCUAGCUUCCAUCUUGAAAUCCCUCAAUUGCCCCUUCAAAUUCAACAAAUCUACACUCCGUGCGCCCAAUACUCCUCAUAAUUGGCCUUCCUAUGUGGCCAUAAUCCACUGGCUAGUCCAGAUUGCGAUGUAUAAAGAGGAUUUGGUGGCCAAGUCGGAAUCUUCUAUUGAAACCAACAGCAUGUUUAUGUAUGCUUUGGACUGUUACUUGAAUUUUAUUCACGGCAACGAUGAUUCGGUGUUGGAAUUGGAUAACAAAUUUAUGGAGAAGCUAGGGAUAGAGAGGGAAUCUGUGUUGGAAAACGUAAGGACUUUGGAAGCUAGUUUAAAAGAAUUUGAGGCAAAAGCGGAGGCAUUGAGAGCAGGGCCUACAGAAAGGGAGAGGUUGGAGAAGGAGAGGAGUGUUUUGGAGGAGGAUGUGAAGAAGUUCCAUGCUAUGAUUGGAGAAUUCGAUCAGGGAAUCCAGGUGUUGGAGAAAGCGUUGGAAGAGAAAAGGAAGGAACUGGAGACAAAAGUGGAGGAGAAAAAGAGGCUUGAUGAAGAAAAUGAUGAGUUGAAGAAGAGGGUGGAGGAGCAGACUGUUAAUAUGAGGGAUGCUGAGAGGAUGAAGAGGGAGUUGCAGGUAGUGGAGAGGGAUAUAGUGGAGGCUGAAGCUGCAAGGAAUGCAUGGGAGGAGAAGAUGUGGGAUCUUGAUGCUACAAUUGCACAUAAGUUUAAGGAGAUUGAGGCGCUUGCUAUGGAGUGUAACCAGGCUACUAGGAGGUUAAAGCUUGGAAAUGGCUAUCAAUAUGUGCUGAAUGCCAAUGGGUCUACAUCUGCUGAGAUCAUGGGGGUUGACUACAAAUCCUCAAUCAAGCCUGGGCUUGAAUCCUUCGCCACUGACAUAAAGGGAAGUUCUAUGGCAAAACUGGAAGAGUUGAUUUUGCUUCAACAAGAGUCAUUAGAAUUAGCUGCUAAGAUUGAGGGAAAAAGAAAUCGUACUGCCACACUUCAGUCGCAUAUUGUUGAAGUGGAAGCUCAGUUGAACUUGUUAAGGAAAGAAAUAGAGGACAACACCUCUAGAUGUGCAGCUGAAGCUAAAAAGCUCGUGGAGGAUGUUCAGAUAGAGAUCCAUAACUUGGAUGUUUUGGAGAGAGAAGCAGCGGAGAUUUUAAAGUCCUCCGAACAAAAGUUGCAGGAAGCAAUCAAAACAAGUGAAGAAGAAAUUCAGGUGCAGGUUGUCGAACUUCUUGCUCUGGUUGAUUCAAUCUCAAAAUACAAAGAACAAAUGGAGUCCAAAAUUUUAGAGGCGAAAAGCAAACUAUGUGAAACCGUUGUUGCUGUGUCAAAUGUUUACAAGGGUUCCUUAUCAGCACAAUUUGGCAUCAAUUUGGAUACCGACCAUUAA